GCAAAGAUGGUCAAUGUACCGAAGACCCGAAGAACUUUCUGUAAGAAAUGCGGAAAGCACCAGCCUCACAAAGUGACCCAGUAUAAGAAGGGCAAGGAUUCCCUGUAUGCCCAAGGAAAGCGGCGCUACGAUCGAAAGCAGAGUGGUUAUGGUGGGCAGACAAAGCCAAUUUUCCGAAAGAAGGCCAAAACCACAAAGAAGAUUGUGCUCAGGCUCGAGUGUGUUGACCCCAACUGCAGGUCCAAGAGGAUGCUGGCCAUUAAGAGAUGCAAGCAUUUUGAACUGGGAGGCGACAAGAAGAGAAAGGGCCAAGUGAUCCAGUUCUAAAACUUGUGUUCUGAGAGGAAAAUACUGAAGCAGUAGAAAAAUGACCUGCUAGAGAAUAAAGUUAAUGCU